AUGGAGGGGCUUCGUCUCCGGUCGCUAGGCGGCGCGGCGCUGCUCCCGGCCCCGCGCCGCGGGGUGAACCGGCUGCGCGCCCGGGCGAGCGUGCGCGGCGGCGUCGGGCAGCUGGCGGUCACCAUCGACGAGCUGAGGCUCGCCCGGGACGACGCGGGCGGCGCCGCCGACGGCCACGCCGUGAACGGGCGCGCGCAGGCUGCCGCCGCCGUCCCGCAGGAGGGCACGGGCAGGGCUGCGGCCGAGAAGCUCCGCGCGGUGGCGGACGCGGCGGCGGACCGCGCCGAGAUGCACGACAUCAUCGGGCGGCAGCGGGACAACUGGAACCACCUGCUGCUCCACUCCACCAACUCCCUCACGCUCGCGGCCUCUGCCAUGGCCGCGCUCGCGCCCGCCGCGCCGGGCACCGUGGCCGCGCUCAAGGCCUCGGCGGGGGUCCUCUUCGCCACCGCGGCGGCCACCAUGGCCGCCGUCAACAAGAUCCAGCCGUCGCAGCUCGCCGAGGAGCAGCGCAACGCCACGCGCCUCUGGAGGCAGCUCGAGCGCGACGUCAGCUACAGGGCGGCGGCGGGGGCCGUCGUCACCGACGCCGACGUGCAGGAGGCCAUGGACCGGGUGCUCGCGCUCGACGCGGCGUACCCGCUGCCGCUGCUCCCCGGCAUGCUGGAAAAGUUCCCCAAGACGCUCGAGCCGGCGCGGUGGUGGCCGAAACGGCAGGUGAAGAACAAGCCGGCGGCUCAGCCCAAGGCCAUCAUCAACGGCGCCCGGCGGGGCGCCAUGGCCGGCAACGGCUGGACGCAAGACCUGGAGGACGAGAUGCGCGGCAUCGUGCGGGUGCUCCGGGCAAAGGACGAGCAGGAGUACGUGACGACCGGCAAGCUGGUGCUCACCGUGAACCGUGGCCUCGCCGUGGCUGGGCCGGUGCUCGCGGGGACGGCCGCCGUCGCCGCGGCCUUCGCCGGCCCCGGCGAGGCCGGCUCCUGGGCCUCCGGCGCGGCCGUACUCUGCGGCGCGCUGGCGGCGGCGGCGAACACGGUGGAGCACGGCGGCCAGCUGGGCAUGCUGUUCGAGCUGUGCCGCAACGUCGCCGGGUUCUACCGCAAGGUCCAGGAGGACAUCGAGGCGUGCCUGGACGAGGCCGACGUCGACCGGAGGGAGAACGGCGAGGUGUUCGAGACCAAGGUGGCGCUGCUGCUCGGCCGGAGCACGUCGGACCUCAGGCAGUUCGGGGAGAUGGCGUCGCCGUCGUUCAGGGACGAGGACAUCAAGGAUUUCGCGGGGAAACUUUUUUAG